AUGGAAGCCAACGCCAAAGCCAACGCCUCAAUUCACCACGCGGAAUUCUUGGAAAAUCAGAUCACUGAUCCAGCGAAUCCUGGUAUCCAAGACCAGAAAGCCGUAUUUCUGGACCCAGAGUCAUAUAAAGCAGAAGCAUUAAAAACAGGCGCUGACGGACAUAUUGUUCUCAUUCCUGAGCCUUCAGAAGACCCCCAGGAUCCCUUGAAUUGGAGUUUUAAGAAAAGGCAUACCAUGCUCGCAAUUGUUGUGGCAUGUUCCUUUUUGCCUGAUUAUGGUAGCGUCACUGGGGCAGCGACUUUGGCGCCGCAAGCAGAAGAGUACGGAAUUACCCCAGAUGAAGUUAACCAUUCUCAGUCGGGAAACCAAUUUAUGGUCGGCGCGGGAGGAGUCAUUGCGGUUAUGUUGUCUGCAUAUUUUGGUCGACUGCCAGUCCUUUUCUGGUUUACGCUCUUUGCUUUCGCAACAUCUGCUGGCCAAGCGGGCUCUAUUGGAUUUACUGGGUUCUUCGUGCCGCGAGUUAUGAAUGGCUUCUUUUCAGGGGUCGCUCAAGGGGGUGGCCUAAUGUUCAUUAAGGAUCUAUUCUUCCUUCACGAGCAAGCGCGCAAAAUCAAUCUUUGGCAAUCCUGUGUGAUCCUUUCGCCUUUUCUCGGGCCGCUUCUUGCCUCUUUUAUGAUCACGACCGUUGUUUUGUUUGGCGAGGAAACAUAUUACGAUCGCAAUAUUCCUCUCUCGGAACAGCCAGUUUCACAGUCCAGGUGGCUGCGGCUGGUCGGUAUCGAGCAAUGGCGAUCACGUCGUCGUCGCAACACACUGAGUGAAGCUUUUUGCCGGUCGUUCAAGGUUCUUAUCAAGCCAAUCAUAUUACUUACCAAUUUUUACUAUGUCUGCAUCUUCGCAUGGCUCGUUGCGAUAAAUGCUACACUUCCUAUAUUCUUAUCCUCUCUUUACGGUUUUUGGCCAAAACAGACCGGCUUCAUGUAUUUUGCCCCUGCUGUCGCAUCCAUAGCAGCAUACAUAUCAGGUCACUGGUUGCACGAUAUCCUGGCAAGACUAUAUAUCCGGCGGAAUAAAGGCAACUUCGAUCCCGAGGCCCGGUUAAUUAUUGUAUGGCUUGCGAUGCCUUUCAUGAUUUCGGGUCUUGUUAUAGUUGGGUUCUCGCUACAACGGCAUUACCAUUACAUGCUCGUUGCGCUCGGCUGGGGGCUAUAUACAUUUGGAAUGAUUCUCAACUCAGCCAGUGUCAACAUGUAUGUUCUGAAUUCCUACCCUGAAGCUAGCGGUGAGGUUGGAAUGUGGAUCAACUUCUCGCGAACUGCGGGUGGUUUUAUUAUCAGCUACUUCCAGGUCUCAUGGGUCGAACGUGUGGGCGCAGAAGUGGCGUUUGGAACCCAAGCAGCUAUUUGUGCAGCCGUCUUUCCUAUAAUCAUUCUUUUACAAUUGCGUGGCAAGCAACUGAGGAGCUGGGGUGGGGAACUGAACUUCAAGACAGACUAG